AUGCCGGACGGCUCAGCGACGAUGCCGGAAGAGACGCAGAUGCAUGCGCACUACCUGGUCCUGGACAGUGCCACGGUGCCAGUGGGUAGAUUCUUAUUUCAUCGUCAAAAAGCGCCCGUAUUCACUUGCCAAAAUCGCGACCCGGGGUGUUCGACCGGGCUACUGGAGUCUCCAGUGGAGAGCUGCGCGGCGCGCGGGCUAGGCCUAGGCAAGGCGCUCGACGAGGCGCCGAUCCAGAUGCCGUCCAUCAAGGUUUACUCCAACGUGACUGGCAAGCCCUACGCCUCGGUCGACGAGAUCCGCGGCCUGCUCAAGCGGCAGCUCUGCGAGCCAGUCAAGUGGGAGCAGGGCACAAAGGACCUCGUCACGCUCGGCUGCACCUCGUACGUUGAGCCGGGCCCGGGCAAGCAGCUCAAGGCCAUGAUGCGCCGCAUCGACAACGACGCCUGGAGCAAGACCACCACGCUCGAGGCGUGA